ACACUAUGAAACACCCUGCAGAUAUUAUGCUUCCAUUAACUAAUAACCCUGAUUAGCGAUUGCAUGGCUUAAGAUAUCGUCAUCAUCAUCAGUAGUAGUAGUAGUAGUAGUAGUAGUAUUAGUAGCCUGCUUAUAGAAAUUGUAUUAGUGGCAAGAGUGAUUCAUAUGUUCAGAUUUUCAAGAGGGUAGAAAUAAUAUUGCCGAAAGUAAUUUACUAUAGUCCAGGGUGAGAAAGAAACACAGGAACCGUUUUCUUUAGUCAUAGGUUCAAAUGUCACUACGCCUGCCAGGUCCCAUGUUCCUCUUUCAUCAAUAGCUUUCUUUAUUUUAGGUCUCCUACUGCAUGCCAUGUCAUUUUUAAAUCACCAUGAUUAAUUUUUUGUAAUGCUUUCAACCAGCUAAACCUCACUAAAGUAAGUAUUGUUCUCAUUUCUUCCCUUCCAUCCUUGCCUGUCCUGUGUUCAGCCACUUCACUGUUGGGUGUUGUGUGUAGCGGUGCGCACGUCUGAUUAAUUUGCUCCUAUUAGUGGUAGCUGAGGGUUCUCGGAGGACUUCUGGUGUUCACGACGGAGGUUAACUUUUUAGAGGAGAUGCAAGAGGAUAACGAGAGGAGGAGGAAGACGAGGAAAAUAAUGGGGAAAAAAGAUUGAAGGCCUCUUCUCCUCGCUGCCCCGCCUUCCAUCUCCUCGCCACAAGCCAGUGAGGUGACGUGCAGGCCUGGUGGCGGAGAAGGCGAAAGGAGACUGGAGGCACUGCUCAGGAAUUACUGCGCGCGCUGCAUCAUUAAGGAUCCCUACCGUGACAUUAUUAUAAAGUUCAGAGUGAAAUUUUUAACAUUACGUGAAAGGAAGAUCUGAAUAAACAUUCCUGAGAAAUAUCACGCGUACUGCUGCCGUCACGUUAAGAAUUGUUGUGGAGAGAAGACAGGAUGAACCAGAGAACUUUAUGUAAUGCGUUUCGACGAGAGGUCUGUCUGAAGAAGUGUUCCUUAAAACCGUAUAGAAAUGAAGACCUGCUUUAUCCUGCCACCACAACCCACACACCUUCGGGGGGCCUUGACGGGCUGCAGGCGGGGAGGAAGGACAGCCGAGACGGAAGGAGUAACACAAUGGAAAACGCCACUUCAUCGCGCUUUGGACGGUUUUCAGCGCGCCGUCGGUCUCCGUUCGAUUGGUGUACUUUGCGAGAAGUCCACGACCCGCCGCGCUCUCGCUCCGCACCGCCUCACCCGCGCGUCUCCACUCCAGCGCCGCCCGCAGAGACUAAGGACGAUUGGCGGCUGGGGGCUGGUGCAGGGAACAGAGAGCCGCCACCAUCCCGACCCAGCAGGAGAGGCGCCGCUGGGAGAAGCUGCCAGGUGGGAGCCUCAUCCGCACCUGGACACGGUAAUUACUUGCCUCCCUGUAUACCUGGCGGGCCAAGAGGAGGAGGCGGAGGAGCGGGGGAGGCGGUGGGAAGCUUGAAGGAAAUGAGAACAACUGCAGAGCAUGAGUCCCACAUGCCUGUUAUGGAAGUAGCACAACAGGUCAACCAUCUCCAUUGAUCAACAACAAUCCAAAUUCAAGUGCGUUCUUAUGCCAGAUACUGUACAUCAACAUUGUUAAUACUUUUAGAAAAUAGGUUAAUAUUACCACUAUACUGCAUUAGGUGUAUUAGGUGCAGGAUAAGUUUUCCCCCAAACAUAAAGUCAUGCCAGGCCAAAGAAUUUCAAGAAAACAACUAGCCACAUGCAGCAUUUUUUUUUUUUUUUUAUUAUUAUUAUUUUUUUUUUAUGGCAACAAAUCCCAGAGGUUAUACUUGUGGUAAUUUCUGCAAAACAGGAUCAGAUGUGAGACAGGUUUAA